AUCUGCGCGACAGAAAGCGACGAGGAAUAAUGCGCGAUAGAAAUAGAAGGAGAUACGAGAGCGCGAGAUGCGAAUAGUGUGUUUGAACAGAGAUUGACCUCGGCAGCGUAAAAAAUUAUAAGCUUUAGUUGCCAUCUUAUCGCAUUCAUAUCACCAUUUCAAAGCAACAAAUACGACUGUUACAACUAGAUCGCUGCGAAAGCACAGAAGUAGAGUGACUUAUUAAAUAAUCUGUUGUUCGUACGUCGGAACGAAUAAUAUUCGAUUUUCGCGUAUUUGAGUGAUCAGCAUCUCGCAGACGGCGAGGUGAAGAAACAAAAGAUACCGCUAAACAUCAAUAUCAAUAUGCUGAAAAUCGGUUUCCUCGGCGGGGGAAAAAUGGCCCAGGCGCUUGCUAAAGGUUUUAUACGGGCGGAUUUGAGCAAAGGCGAAAUGAUACUGGCUAGCUGUCUCCCAAAUGAUACCGGCAGUAUUGAAACUUUUAAGGAAAUGGGAUCAAAUACUGUUUUUACGAAUAUACCUGUCAUCGAUCAUGGUGACGUGUUAAUCCUUUCGGUAAAACCGCAAGUUGUACCAAAAGUAUUAUCAGAAUUUAGGGUACACGACAACAAGAAGUUACUCCUUUCCAUCGCCAUGGGCAUUUCUUUGACGUCACUAGAAAAGGCACUGCCAAAAGAAACGCCUGUGAUAAGAGUAAUGCCGAACACACCUGCAUUAGUUGGCUGCGGUGCUACGGUAUUUGCGCGUGGAAAAUACGCGAGUGACAAAGAUGCGGAGAUCGCAGAAAAACUAUUUUCCUCCGUAGGCAUCUGCGAAGAAGUCCCGGAAAAUUUCAUUGAUCCUGUAACUGCUUUGGCCGCUUCCGGUCCUGCCUAUAUAUAUAUGGUAAUCGAAGCAAUGGCCGAUGGUGGAGUUAAAAUGGGACUUACUAGGCCUAUCGCAUAUAAACUCGCUGCGCAAACUGUCUUAGGCGCUGGUACAAUGGUCCGCGAGACAAAUCUCCAUCCAGGACAGCUCAAGGAUGACGUAACUUCACCAGCAGGCUCGACCAUAACUGCUGUUCAUCAAUUAGAGAAGCAUGGCUUAAGAUCGGCAUUAAUCAACGCUAUAGAGGCAGCAACACUUCGAUGUAAAGAAGUUAGUUCACAGACCAACAAGAAUUAGUAAUGACAAUUAUUGUUGUAUUGACAUUUUAAAGAAAGAUAUCAAGAGAUACGAUAAUGACUUGAUAUAAAAUAACGUAGAUAAUAUUUUUAUGUUUAAAGAGUAUCAAAUGAGGUAUAAUAAUUACACUUGAAGAUACGAGUUAACAUUCAUUAAUUUAUUGACUCGGAUGAAUAAAUCCAAAUGUGUUUAAUGCCUAUUCGAGUCCAAACACCAGAUGAAGUUGUGUAUCAAAAUUUUACCUGUUGACUAUCGACAUGUCAAGUAAUGUUAUAAUCUUAUAUAACUAACACUAUAUUAUUGUUCUAGGGAGCACAGUGAUGUAUAUAUAAUAGUUAGGUUAUAUUGAAAAGCAAACGCAGUUAGAUUUAGCGUAUAUCUAUUUCAUACCUCAAUGGUUAAACAAAAAAAUUAUAACAUUUAUUAUUACAAUUACAAUGAACGUAACGAUUCUAACUUGAAU